AUGGGCAGUUUGCCUGAUGGCAUGGCCGUCCAACUGCUUCAUAUCUCUGAGUCUCUGCCAUUGGGGCUGCUUCUACCCUCGAUGCGCCGGGUGCAGAGCACAGUAGCAGGUGUCAGUUCUGACGAUGAGAAGGAGGUGAUGGAAUCUUUGCUGGCCCAUUCUGACUUGGCAAUGGAGGUUCACUUGCUUUUGGCAUCACCUGAGCAAGUGAUCCAGGCUGCACUACCUGCUCCAUACCCUCCGGUCAAGGAUGGUCCUGGAAAAGACGAAAUGUUGCCGGCUGCGAUCCUGUUGUGUGAGGACAUCGUCGGCGGGUCCGGCGGCUUGCGUUCGGAGGCUUUUGAGGACUUGGCUUUGCUGUGGAAGAAUUGUGCAGGUAAGUUGAAUGGUCGAGAGCUGCGAAUAGUACCGGAGGCCAUCGAGAUCCGAUUUGCCUUGAUGGAAAGUCCUGAGCUCGAAAGGACAGCUGAGGACAAGAGUGGUCGAGCGCCCGUGUGGUCUCGACGUGUCCGGCGUGAACGCUUUGAGUGUGCCAGAAUUUCUCAGUCAUGA